AUGAGUCGCGAAUCGCGCGGCAGGCAAUCGGAGGCCGAUCGCGAAGACCCGGAAGAAGCGGGGACGCGUCUCUUCGCCGCGUAUGAGACCCGCCCGGCGUUCUUUGACGAGAUGUUCGAGGCCACCGGCGUGCCGCGCGCCCAUUGCCGGGAGCUCUGCGAGGCGCUCGACGGGAUGCGCCCUGCCGAGAUCGCCGCCAUGCAGGACUACGCCGAGCGUUCCUUCCUGCACCAGGGGAUCACGUUUGCGGUCUACGGCGAGGAAGGCGCGCAGGAGCGGAUCAUCCCCAUCGACUUCCUGCCGAGGCUCCUCGACGCUGCCGACUGGGACCUGGUCGAGCGCGGCCUGCGGCAGCGGCUGGAGGCGCUCAACCUCUUCCUCGCCGAUGUCUACGGACCGGGGCGGAUCCUCGAGGACGGGGUCGUUCCGGUGGACCUGGUACGCGGCUGCCCGCAAUACCGGGUCGAGAUGCGGGGCCUGGAGGUGCCGCACGGCGUCUACGUCGCGCUCUGCGGCACCGACAUCGUGCGGACCAACGACGGCUUCGUGGUGCUGGAGGACAAUCUGCGGACGCUCGCCGAGCUUGCGCCGCCCGGCGUCUCCAACCCCUGCAUCGUCCUGCUCACCCCCGGCGUCUACAAUUCCGCCUUUUACGAGCACAUGUUCCUGGCGCAGGAGAUGGGCGUGGAGCUGGUGCAGGGCAGCGACCUGCGCGUCCACAACGGGUUCGUCUAUAUGCGGACCACCGCCGGGCUGAAGAAGGUGGACGUGAUCUACCGCCGCAUCGACGACGACUUCAUCGACCCGCUGGCCUUCCGCCCCGAUUCGCAGCUCGGCACCCCCGGCCUCUUCUAUGCCUACAAGCUCGGCAACGUGACGAUCGCCAACGCGCCGGGCACCGGCGUCGCCGACGACAAGAGCGUCUACGCCUACGUGCCCGACAUGAUCCGCUAUUAUCUGAGCGAGGAGCCGCUGCUUUCCAAUGUCGAGACCCAUCUCUGCCGCAAUCCCGAGGCGUUGGAAUACACGCUCGACAAUCUGGAGACGCUCAUCGUGAAGAUGCCCGUGCUCGACCUUUCGGUCUCUCCCUGCCUCACCCCCUCUGGCGCGGCACCGCGCCAUGUCGACCUUCGCCCCUUCGUGCUGCGCGGGAACGAGACGCGCCUCGUCCCCGGCGCCUUCUGCCGGGUCGCGCUCGUCGAAGGCUCGCUCGUCGUAAACUCGAGCCAGGGCGGCGGCGGCAAGGACCUCUGGGUGCUUUCCGACUAG